AUGACCUGGAUGUGGACUCUAAUCGUGCUCUCGUGGGUUUUCUUCUUUAAUGCUUGCGUCGCUGCUUCUCUCGAUAUAUGCCCACUCAACUCCAACGACACAGUCACCACGUCAUCAAACAUCACAUGGGCCCAGGCGGUAGACCAGCCUAUCAGGCAGCUUGAUGGCCCUUCCUAUCUGCGUCCUGACAUCGGCGGCGCAUUGGUUCCGUGGGUCUACAGCAUCAUCAUCCUGCUGGUCCACAUACCGGUCGUGAUCAUCCGCGUCGUCAAAUGGGAAGCCGUGCAGACAUGGUGCUUGGGCGCCACCGUUUUCACCAUUGCGAUCACAGCUCAAGCUUUCGCAUCCACGAAUUUCCGCUCGGAUAAGAUCCUGACCUGGACGCCGCUCCUCCUAGUCAUUGACGCCGGUAGCAUGGCGCAAGUACUUUUUCUCGUCGUCGAGGACUAUGAAUUGCUCACUCGGCUGAGACGCGCCAUUAUGCCUCUCCGAGUAAAACCAUCGGAAGAGCCUUUCCUUCACGACGAGGAAGCCGGCAAAAGCGGCGAUCCUGACGAAGGCGUCUUCAUCGCAAUGCGCACCGUAAGCCCUGUUGCAUCUACCACUGCCCCCACCAGCUCCACCCACCCACCCCUAUUCACCUCCAAACCGCUCUACGUCGCUCUCAUAUCAUCCCUCCUCCUCAUCUCCGUCUUCGCCCUCCAAUUCCUGGGCCUCCACCACGCCGUGAAUGCCGCCAGGCAGUCCGCCCCCUCCGUCUCCUGGUGCAGUCCCAUCUUCCAACCCUUCGGCGUCGCCGUGCUCGACGGCAACUGCAACGUCUGGCCCAUCCUGCAGACCUUCUCCAAGGGCGUCGGAUGCAUCCUGAUCCCCGGAAACCAGCAGAUGGCCUGGCUGAAGGCCACGGUCGCCGGCACGGGGAUCUCAAUCGCGUUGGAGCUGGUCGACAUCGGCAUCCUCGCGACCGUGCACAGUGGCACGCGCUGGCGCGGCGUCAAGAUGCGGCGGCCCUGGUUCACCAUGUUCAGCGGCGUGGCGGUGCUGGGGCUCAUCCUGGUGUUCGGGGUCGUCUACAGUACCAUCCUGCCGCCGGGCAUCUCGGAGAAGGUUUGGAUCGUCAUGGACGCGGGGGCGGUGACGGUGUAUGAAGGGGAGCUGGGCACUGCGGGACUUCGAGGGGCGAUGAUCGGGUGGAAUGAUGGCGUCUUUCAGGGCUGGGGAAAUACUUAUUUUGGGAGUUGGGCGGUUUGA